AUGUCACCGUCUAAGAUUCCACUGUUCAAAAUGAAGGACCUGAUGCUGCUCCUGUCUCUCCUGAAGAUGAGUUUUGCAGUGCCGGCAUUUCCUCAGCAACCGGGAGCACCAAACAUGGCACCACCUGGCAUGGCUAGUUUGAGUCUGGAGACAAUGAGACAGUUGGGAAGUUUGCAAGGAUUAAACGCACUUUCUCAGUAUUCUAGGCUUGGCUUGGGAAAAUCACUUAAUUCUUUGUGGCUGCAAGGUCUCCUUCCACCACCGUCGUCUUUCCCAUGGCUGAGACCCAGAGAACAUGAAACCCAACAGUACGAGUACUCUGUGCCGGUGCACCCCCCACCUCUCCCAUCUCAGCCACCCCAGCAGCCUCCACAACCAGGACUGAAGCCUUUCCAGCAGCCCACUGCUACCCCUGCUGUCCAAGACGCACCCCCGAAGGGAGGGCCUCAGCCUCCGAUGCACCCCAGACAGCUGCCCUUGAAGGACGGAGAACUGCCAGAGGCUCAGCAGCAAGUGGCCCCAACAGACAUGCCACUAAACCCUGAGCUCCCAGUACUGGACUUUGCAGAUCCACAAAUUUCAUCAGUGUUCCAAAUAGCCCGUUUCGUACCACGGGUGCUAGUGCCACAAAAUAAACCACCUACACUUUAUCCUGGAAUGCUUUACAUGUCCUAUGGAACAAAUCAACUGAGUGCCCCUGCAGCAAGACUUGGCUUCAUGAGUUCAGAAGAAAUGCCCGGAGGAAGAGCCAGCCCCGUGACCUACGGAGCCCUGCUGCCAGGAUUUGCAGGCGUGAGGCACACCGUCAGGAGGAUGCCCCAAGAUCCAACCAUGGCUGGAGACUUCACUCUGGAAUUCGACUCCCCAGCUGCAACCAAAGGCCCCGAGAAGGGAGAAGGAGGGACACAAGGCUCCCCGCUGCACGAGACCAAGGCAGAGGAUGCCGAAAAUGCAGCUCUUCUUUCACAGAUAGCACCCGGCGCCCGCACAGGGCUGCUUGGCUUCCCUAAUGACAAUGUCCCCAGCAUGGCAAGGGGCCCCUCAGGGCAGAGGAAGAGACCCCUUGAGGUCACCCCGGUAACUGCUGAUCCUCUGAUGACCCCCGAAUUAGCUGAGAUUUAUGAGACCUAUGGUGCUGAUGUCACCACACCCCUGGGAGAAGCUACCAUGGAAACCACAAUGACCCCAGACACUCCACAAACACUGGUGCCAGGAAACAAAGCCCGCCACCCCCAGAUGAUGCAUGAUCCGUGGCGUUUCCAAGAGCCCUGA